CUUACCAUGUUUAGGUUGGCAAUAACCUGACAUGCGCGGACAUCGCCGUGAAAAAUUUAUCAAGAUUCAGGUUAAGAGACUUCAAAAUAAUCGACAUUUCGAGGCCUUAGUAGCACGAGGGAAAAUCGCGGGCGCGUGUGCGACUUUUAAUCUCGCGAGCGGAGCGUCAAACGGAACGUUAAACGCGGGAGAGCACAUGGUUACGCGGUUUAAAAGCGGGUAUUUAAUUAUCGUCACGCGUGAAAUGUCGAAGCAGCGGUCGACGACGAGGAGCGCAAAGGCGCCGAGGGCAGCGAGCACCGACGUUCCAUCUACGGGACCUGUGGUUUUAAAUAAAGACGGAAACGUUGCGAUUAAAAUUCAAGCUAAACCCGGAGCGAAAUGUAACAACGUAACCGGUAUUUCCGACGAAGCAGUGGGCAUCGCAAUUUCCGCCCCGCCAACGGAGGGUGAAGCCAAUGCCGAACUCGUCAAGUACUUAGCUUCGAUUUUUGGAGUAAGAAAAUCAGAUGUAUCCUUGGACCGGGGAUCUCGGAGUCGGCAGAAGGUAGUUGUAGUAUCGGGAAUUACGACCGAUCAGGUUUUGUCGAAAUUGAAAGGAGAAAUGGAUAAUUAAAUGUAUUUUAAAAAUAAAUUUUUCUAUCAUUAAAUA